AUGCAGGAACCAGAAGUUAUAGAGCGGUGCCCCAGUCUCUCCCCAAGACCAGACACAAGGGAUGCCGAUCAGAACCUCCAUGUUAAUGCAAUUAGCGGAAGCACCCGCGGCAGUCCAGCACUCUUGCCCAACUCGAGUCCCUUAAGGAAGUCGCCGCAAAUAAAUCCAGACUCACGGGACCACGGAAGCCGGGUUGGGACUCCACUGCUCAGUCCCCCCGACCAUACCAAUGAGGUCGAGGAUUGGCACCAGAAAUACCACCAGCAAAUGCGCGAGCUGCUGACCGAGCGUGAGAAAGUGAAUCGCCUCGAGGCUGCCGAACGGACCUUCUCUUCCGCAGCAAUCGCCUGGAACGCGAGAUGCUUAGAGUCCGAAGAGGAAUUGACAAAGGAGAGAGAGGCGCAUAAUCAAACACGUCUUAAGCUGCAGAAACGGCAGCAAGAUGUCGAAAAGUUCAUUGGCUUGCUGAAUGAUGCCAACGAGGAACUGGGAAGCGCAAUAAACCCUAACCAGGUUCGCCAUCAGCUUGAAGAUGUAGCAAUCACUUCACGAACCAAACGUCUGCGGUCGAGCAUCCGCACCUUUGCUGAACAGUUUGGCGAGAUACACGCAAGUGAUCAUCCCAAUCCACAAACUUCAUAUUCUUUGUUCAAAAAAUACCUUUCUGUGUCCGAGGAUGCCCUGGCCUCCUACAUAGAAUCUCCUUCAGCUCGUCCGAAAAUUCUCCGUCCUUUUAUAUGGACCUUUUUAUGCGAGGAGGUGUUUAACGGAUUCUUCUGGGCGCCUCCAGAUAUAAGGAGUGCACUAAGAACCCUCCGUAAUUUGAUAGAACCAUCGGAGGAGGCUUUAUUGGACGAAGAAACAGAAGUAGAACGAAAGCAAAUCAUGUGGAGGGCUGAUACAACCAACAUGGUUCUUGAGAGAUUGAACGAGAAUACGCACGAGAUCCGUGACAGCCGUGACAGCCAGCAAGAUUUUGUUUCGGCUAAGGCACACAAGCUAGCUGGAUUACUAGAGCCCAUUGUCUGUCGUGAUAAGCGGGCUCUCUAUGCUCCACUGGUGAAGCUUUUGAACGAAAGUUUGGAACUCGACCUAGUGUUGAGCCAGCAAGUGGCGAUGUGGAGUUGGGAGUUCCCUAAGAGACUGCCCUGCCAGUUUGACAAGGAGAUGCACAUGACAAUUCACAGAAGACAGCACGGGCAGAUAUAUGAGAUAAAGCUAGUCCUGGCUCCUGCCCUUAUGAAACGAGGCAAGUCUUCAGGAGAUGACUUCCUUGACCAACAUGCGCAUGUCAAGAUGGAGGUGGAAAUCGACACCCCUCGCCAGGAAAGCAGCAGCCCUCGGGGUUGGAGGAAAAUGGCCGACAAAUUGCUGCCAAAGUCAUAG